AUGGCGGGAGACGACGGUUGGAGGAAGAUCAAACUUUUGUGUCCCUCUGUUUCAAAGAUUAUCGACUGGGUUGCUUGGGACGAUCAGAAACUGGACUUUAGGUCCAUUGCCGCUGCGUUUCGGCUCGAACCGUCGACGGUGAAGCUCAAUGGUCACUUCAUAAGCAGAAAUAUUGACCUAAUGGCUGCUUGCGUGACGUGGAAGUCUUUGCUCGCUUUCUUCUCAGCCAAAGGCUUGUCUACUGGAAAAGACGAAGCCGAUGCCCUCCUCGUUGACGGCAAGCUCUCGAAAGUCGGCACCAAAAGAGUACACUCUGAUUGUCCUCUUGAGGACUUAACCUGCAACGUUCUUGGUUUAUUCAGAAACAAGAAGUUGAAAGAUAAGUGUUCAGGAGAACCUCUGGUCUCUAGAUACAACAAGAGAAAGCUAUUGUCUGAAGAUACGCACUCACUCAAGAAACUAAAACUCAACAUGGGUGAUAGCUCUGGUAAAGUUCCAGUAUGGAAGACAAAGUGGAGUCAGCAAAACGCCAUUGAAAUGCAGUCUGAAGAGGACAAGAGAAGAUGA